CCCACCGAUUGUUUCUCGAAACUCGAUAACCGAAUUGGUACCAUGCUCUUUUCUCUUCCCCUCUCGACCUCUCCCUCCGUUUUUCCAAUUUCUCCUCCGUCAUCUUCCCGCGCCAGAUUCCAAGCACCUAUCGUUGCCGCAGCCACCACCACCACCGCUGGAAACGCGACCAACACUUACACUUCGAAACAAGAGAAAGGUUCGACGAGCGGUUACCUGAGUCGUCCAGGAAUGGCAGCGUGCUCGUCGCUGUACGAGGUGCUAGGGAUUUCUGUCGGUGCUUCGAACCAGGAAAUCAAGGCGGCGUACCGCCGAUUGGCGAGAGUUUGUCAUCCGGACGUGGCGGCAAUCGAUCGGAAAGAUUCAUCGGCUGACGAGUUCAUGAAGAUCCACGCGGCUUACAGUACCUUAUCGGACCCCGAGAAACGAGCCGUUUAUGAUAGUAAGCUUAACUGGAGACGCCAACGGCCGUUGACUUCCGCUUCUAGGUUUUCCGGAUACAGGGGGAGGAGUUGGGAGACCGAUCAGUGCUGGUAAACGAGUCGACUCUUUCCGAAUCACGCUACCUAGUCGGAAGCUGAACUCGACGGUUUUUAAUUUCCAUAAUCUGUACAGCAAAAAGAAAACUGAUUCACUAACGGAAAAGAAAACGAUCAGCGGCGUUGAUUGUGCCACGUAAGAGCUCCGCUCUUUUUUUUUCCGCCUUGUUGCGGUUAGCCGAUGCACAAAAGGCCAACUCUGAGAAAAUAUGAAUUCCCUUGUACUUUUACAGUUUACCAUAAUCACAAUUACAAAAGAAUAUUAGCUAUGUAACUACUUAAUCAUGUGAUGAAAGUCUUUUCAUUUUGAGUUGUAAAUGAAAAAUCUAUGGAAAAUUGGGAAAAAAAUUUUCAUAGCAAAAACUUUUAAAAUA